GCGCGAGAGCUCCCGGAAGUGGCCGGAUCUGAAACGCAGGCUGAGCGGACCUCUGUCAGCCAGUCAGUCCGCUUGUCCGGUACCCCGCGCGCCUCGGCCUUCGUCGCCGUCCCGCGGUCCCUUUGGCCCGAAGGGCGGCCGAGGCGCUCGCCAUGGCGACGUUCGUCUCAGUGCAGCUGAAGAAGACCUCGGAGGUGGACCUGGCCAAGCCGCUGGUGAAGUUCAUCCAGCAGACGUACCCGAGCGGCGGGGAGGAGCAGGCCCAGUACUGCCGCGCGGCGGAGGAGCUCAGCAAGCUGCGCCGCGCCGCGCUCGGCCGCCCGUUGGACAAGCACGAGGGCGCGCUCGAGACGCUGCUGAGAUACUAUGAUCAGAUCUGUUCCAUUGAACCCAAAUUCCCAUUUUCUGAAAACCAGAUCUGCUUGACAUUUACCUGGAAGGAUGCUUUUGAUAAAGGUUCACUUUUUGGAGGAUCUGUAAAAUUGGCUCUUGCAAGCCUAGGAUAUGAAAAGAGCUGUGUGUUGUUCAAUUGUGCAGCCUUAGCUAGCCAGAUUGCAGCGGAACAGAACCUGGAUAAUGAUGAAGGAUUGAAAAUCGCUGCUAAGCAUUAUCAGUUUGCUAGUGGUGCCUUUUUGCAUAUUAAAGAGACAGUUUUAUCUGCCUUGAAUAGAGAGCCUACUGUGGACAUAUCUCCAGAUACCGUUGGGACUCUCAGUCUUAUCAUGCUGGCACAGGCCCAAGAAGUAUUCUUUUUAAAAGCCACGAGAGAUAAAAUGAAAGAUGCUAUCAUAGCUAAAUUGGCUAAUCAGGCUGCAGAUUAUUUUGGUGAUGCUUUUAAACAGUGUCAGUACAAAGAUACUCUCCCCAAGUAUUUUUAUUUCCAGGAGGUGUUUCCUGUCUUGGCUGCAAAGCACUGUAUCAUGCAGGCCUAUGCUGAGUACCACCAGUCUAUCCUGGCAAAACAGCAGAAGAAAUUUGGAGAAGAGAUUGCAAGGUUACAGCAUGCGGCAGAAUUGAUUAAAACAGUGGCAUCUCGCUAUGAUGAAUACGUCAACGUGAAGGAAUUUUCUGACAAAAUCAACCGUGCCCUUACUGCAGCAAAGAAGGAUAAUGACUUCAUUUAUCAUGAUCGAGUUCCAGACCUUAAAGAUCUAGACCCUAUUGGCAAAGCCACACUUGUGAAAUCUACGCCAGUCAGUGUACCCAUCAGCCAGAAAUUCACUGAUCUGUUUGAGAAGAUGGUUCCUGUGUCAGUGCAGCAGUCUUUGGCUGCCUGUGGUCAGAGGAAAGCUGAUUUAGUUAACAGAUCAAUUGCUCAAAUGAGAGAAGCCACCACUUUGGCAAAUGGGGUGUUAGCUUCACUUAAUCUUCCAGCAGCAAUUGAAGAUAUAUCUGGAGAUACUGUACCUCAGUCUAUACUGACUAAGUCCACAUCUGUGAUUGAACAGGGAGGCAUCCAGACUGUUGAUCAGUUGAUCAAAGAGCUACCUGAACUUCUACAAAGAAAUAGAGAAAUCCUAGAUGAGUCACUAAGACUGUUGGAUGAAGAAGAAACAACUGACAAUGAUUUAAGAGCAAAAUUCAAGGAACGCUGGCAAAGGACGCCAUCCAAUGAACUCUAUAAGCCUUUAAGAGCAGAGGGAAGCAACUUCAGAACUGUUUUGGAUAAAGCUAUGCAAGCAGAUGGACAGGUGAAAGAGCGUUACCAGGCUCACCGGGACACCAUUGCACUUCUGUGUAAGCCGGAGCUGGAGCUGAAUGCUGCCAUCCCUUCUGCUAACCCAGCGAAGACCAUGCAGGGCAGCGAGGUUGUAAAUGUCUUAAAAUCCUUACUGACAAAUCUUGAUGAAGUAAAGAAGGAAAGAGAGGGGCUGGAGAAUGACCUGAAAUCAGUGAAUUUUGACAUGACAAGCAAAUUUUUGACUGCUCUGGCUCAAGAUGGUGUGAUAAAUGAAGAAGCUAUUUCUGUUACUGAACUGGAUCGAAUCUAUGGGGGUCUUACAGCUAAAGUCCAAGAAUCGCUAAAGAAACAAGAAGGACUUCUUAAAAAUAUUCAGGUCUCACACCAGGAAUUUUCAAAAAUGAAACAGUCUAACAAUGAAGCUAAUUUAAGAGAAGAAGUUUUGAAGAAUUUAGCUGUUGCGUAUGACAACUUUGUUGAACUUGUAGCUAAUUUGAAGGAGGGCACAAAGUUUUACAAUGAGCUGACUGAAAUACUCAUCAGGUUCCAGAACAAAUGCAGUGAUAUAGUGUUUGCACGGAAGACAGAGAGGGAUGAACUCUUAAAGGACUUGCAACAAAGCAUUGCCAGAGAACCUAGUGCUCCUUCAAUUCCUACACCUGCGUAUCAGUCCUCUCCAGCAGGGGGACACACGCCAACGCCUCCAACUCCAGCGCCAAGAACCAUGCCGCCUACUAAGCCCCAGCCCCCAGCCCGGCCUCCACCUCCUGUGCUUCCAGCAAAUCGAACUCCUCCUGCUACUGCUCCAGCUCCAGCUCCAGCGAGCACUGGGACCACUGCACCAGCUCCAUCACAAACUCCUGGUUCAGCUCCCCCUCUGCAGGCCCAGGGACCCCCAUACCCCACCUAUCCAGGGUAUCCCGGGUAUUGCCAAAUGCCCAUGCCCAUGGGCUAUAAUCCUUACGCGUACGGCCAGUAUAAUAUGCCAUAUCCGCCAGUGUAUCACCAGAGCCCUGGACAGGCUCCAUACCCAGGACCCCAGCAGCCUUCAUACCCCUUCCCUCAGCCCCCACAGCAGCCUUACUAUCCACAGCAGUAGUGUGUCAGCUCAGAAGCUCAGCUGGUUCAGCUCAGAGGGGAAGAAAUACCAACCCUGCAAUAAGUGUACUAAACCCUACGCUCUGGUUAAUAUAACGUACUCUGAUGUACUGAAUGCAGUGUGUAAUUUCUGUCUGCGGCUAGAAGCUGUGCCCCAGUUCCACAUUUGAUUGCACAUGGGCCAUUUGCUGCUGUUGCAGUAUAAAGACUAAGUGUAAUAGGAUUUGAAAUAAAUUACAUUACAGUUCAUAAAAGUUGAAAAUGAGAAAUUAAACCCACAAGUGAAACGUUUGAAAUUAUUAUACUUAGUUCUACAUAAGACAUGAUUGGAACAUCAGAGGCUUACAAUGAUGGUUUCAGUACUGAUAUUCAAGAAAACUAAGUUAUCUUUCUCUUUUGGUUUAUUGAUUUGGUUUAAUUUUCAUUAUGCUAUUUUGCAUAAUCAAAACAUUGUAAAUCUUAUAAUUUAAAAAUAAAUUCCUUAAGAACAGUUGUCAUUGUUAUGUUUUGUCAUUGAUUCUCAUUCCUGUCUAAUUUCUUUCUGGUAUUAGUCUCUCAUUUUAUAUGUACACAAGUUAAACAGAUCAUGAGUUAAGUGCAUGAUUAAUGCAAGUUAAUAGGUUCAAAAGAAAACCAAAAGAAUAAUAACCAUAAUUUAUCUUUCAUAUGCUGAUUAGUGAAUUAAUUUUGACAUUUAUUUUGAAAAAUCCUAUAAUGUGGAGGAAACACAAUUGCUACCAAAGAUACUUCAAAUAAAUAUACAAGUAAAUAUGUAUAUUUAAUGUUUUAUUAUUAGCUUCUCCAAGAAAUUGAUACAAAUUCUGGUAAUAAUUCUUUUUCUUUUUUUCAUAAUCUGGUUAAAAUAAAUACAUGUCAUUAACAAUGCUGUCUAAUGUAAUGGAAUUGUUUAAAGAAAAUUUACUGUACCCUUCCAUUCCUUUUUUUCACCUUACUGUCUUAACCUACUAACAUUUGAUGCACAAUGUAUAUGAAUAGAUCUAAGCCCUUUCAUUUUUAUGCUCCUAAAAGAUUGGACUAUUUUAUAAUUCAGGGAGUGCACAAAACAGUUGUUGGGAGCAUAUGCCAAUUCUGGAAUAGGCUGUGUAUUUAAUAUUAGUCUCUGCUGUUAGGAUAAACUAAUCACUGUAUAAACCUCAGUGAGCCUUGCCUAGUGGAAUGCAUAGACAUGCCUCAUGGAAUGAGAAAGUGAGAAAGGAAUGGGUUGUCUGAUAUCCCAGUGGGGUCUGUUCUGUGUGAGGUUCAUUUCAGAACACACCAGGCAUAUGAGUAGAUGUCCAAUGAAUCUGUUUAUGUUUAUUUUCUAAGUUUUAAUGCUAACCUUCUCUUGAAUUAUUGUUUCAUUUAAAUGAUACUAUCAGUUGGUCCACUGUUGUUUUCAUUUGACAGUUUGGGUUUAUAUUUUAAAUGUGGGACUGAAGGUGUGAUUGUAAAGGGAGUGAAUUGGUUUAAAAUAUAUGUAUAUUUUAAAAAAUCUUACUUUGUUGUUGUAUGUAGAAAACAUGAAGGCAUGUUACUUCAAUAUAAAUGACCUUUACAUGGAAUACUGAAAUUGGUUUAAAGUUCAGUAGUUAAAACCUUGGCAAAAAUAGUUUUUUACAUAUCAUAGCUAAGUUUUAUUAAUGUGGAAUCAUCAGAAUAUGACAUGGGCUUGUUUGACUCUUGUGUAAAUUGCACUUAAGUUCCUCCUUCUUAUUACUCAAGUUAUCAUUACUAUCGUAAGAUACUCAGUGAGAUUAGGGGUAUUCCAAAUUGCUAGUUUAUAAUUCUCACUAAUGCAGAAAGAACAAAAACAAAACAAAAUUGGCCUGAAUAUUCUCUUGGGGAAAGAAGGCACUAAAGAAAAGAGUAAGUGCAUCGGAGGGCCACAAGAGAAGUUACAAGGCCAUUUAGCCCAUUCCCUGUGCUAGACUAGGCCUCCUGUGUGCCCUCAGAGGGCUCAGGAAGAUGGUUCAGAAACUUUAGGGAAGGAGGCUCCACAGCCCCUCGUGGCAGCCUCCCCAGCAUACCCAGCUCGCUUAGCUCUGUUAGCAAACCCAGGCCCAUUCCCUCUUGUUGGUUCACUCAUCCUUUAGAUGAUAGAGGAUGCUUUCCUUUGGUCACCUAGUGUCUUAGGUACAGAUGACCAAUUUCUGCAGCCCUUCAUUGCUGGGUGUGUCUUCAUAGGACUGUCUAGUUUCAUUAAGGUGGCUCAUGGAAAGAAGUUUCUCUUAUGUCCAUUUUGCAUUCUAGCAAACAAGAAGCAAGCCCUCACUGGGAUUAUUUUUGUUACCAAACUUUUUUAUCCUUUGCUUAACUUCCUGUAUUCCACAAAAUACCCUAAAAAGUUGUGGUGGAUUAUGCUUUUUAUUUAGAGGUAGGAGAGUAUAACUCUGGUUCAGUUAUGUUGUACCUAUGUUUAUAAUUAGGCUUUUUGAUUAUCUUCCUAAACUAAAGAAAAGACACUUUCUGUUCUACUUAUUUAUGUCGGGCUUUGGAAUACUACUUUAAAAUGGACUAUAAGUAAUGAAGCUCUGCAUAAAGGAGCUGGUCUGAAGUGGGGAAAAACUAACUUCUUAUUCCUAGUUGGAGACAGAAGGCUUGACUUCUCAGUCUGGUGUAAAGUAUUGGUCUACUCCUGUGCCUCUUGGUCUUUAUUCUCAUUUAAGAAAAGUAGUCAUAUGUCACUGCAAACCAGUCAAUCUUUGUGAGAUCUGUGCACCCAACUUCUUUGCAAUUUAUAAUCUCUCCCCAAAUUUAAGUAGUUACAAAAAAGUUUUCACAGAGCCUCUGUCCCUGAUUUUCUGUACCAGUCAGCAGCCUUAUCUAGUCAAAAAAGAUUAAAAAGAUAUUUUCCAUUAGAGCUUUACAGUUUGCAAAAGUGCUUUUUUGUACGCAUUUUCUAAUUUCAUAAACAUGGCAAAAUGCAAUUUGUUAAGUAGACUUCAGUUUGCUAAUGGGGAAUUUUUUUUUUUGGAUCAGUAGUAUAUCUUGGAAAAUCUUGCUACAACCUAGCAGCAUCUUUUUUUUUUUUUUUAACACUUCUGCAAUUAUUAGUUGAUUCACAGUACAGAACAGGAUACAAAGUAG